AUGCCUUCCAUCAAAGUCGCUGAAUAUCUCUUCCGCCGGCUCAAAGACCUGGGCGUAGCUUCCGUCCACGGUGUACCCGGUGAUUUCAACCUCACUCUGCUCGACUAUGUGGAGCCGGCCGGUUUGCGAUGGGUCGGUAACGCGAACGAGCUAAACGCCGCCUACGCCGCCGACGGGUACGCCAGAAUCAAAGGCCUUGGCGCUAUAAUCACCACGUUUGGCGUCGGCGAGCUAUCUGCUGUUAAUGGGAUCGCGGGAGCCUACACUGAACGGGCCCCGGUUGUGCACAUCGUAGGAACACCAAGCCGGGAUUUGCAGGAGGGACGGAAGUUGGUCCACCAUACCUUCAAUGAUGGCGAAUAUGGGCGCUUCGCUAAGAUAUAUGAACACUUGACUGUCGCCCAAGCCAGCUUGCGGGAUCCACGCACCGCCCCUGCGCAGAUUGACGAGGUAUUGCGACAGUGUCUCUUUCAUAGCCGACCGGUCUAUAUCGAGGUGCCAAUGGAUAUGGUGCACCAGUAUGUUUCAGACGAAAGACUCGCCCUCGCGGUCAGCACCCCCGAGCCCGUUCCUUCACAGACCCAGGAUGAUGUUGUUGCGCGUAUACUGGAACGUAUUUAUGCAGCAAAGCAGCCGGUCAUUCUCGUCGACGGGGAAAUCAGACCAAUGGGAAUUGUGGAGGAGGUCCAGAAAAUCAUCAACGCCACGAACUUCCCGACUUGGACCACCAAUUUCGGAAAAGGCCUGGUAGAUGAUACACGGCCAAACUUUCAUGGAAUCUACCGCGGCACCUACGACCGCACUGAACCGCAAGACUUCUACAAUGGAGCAGACUUGGUGUUGUGCUUCGGGCCACACUUCAGCUCCACCAAUUCCUACUUCUACCAGAUCAUUCCCAAGCCUGAAGUUGCGAUUCUGUUCACCGAUGCGGAAGUCAAGUUUGGAACGGAAAUUGUUCGUGACGUUCCCGCCAAGAUCAUCACGUCUCGCCUUAUCGACACCAUCGACCUCAACCGUAUUCAUCGCUAUGACCCAUACCCUAGUCUGCCUCGUGAUGAACUUCUUUCAUUCUCCGAAGUGGAAGGGGAUAGACCGCUCACCCAGGAUAAACUGUGGCGCGUGUUUGCAAACUUCCUUCGUCCAGGGGACAUCAUAUUUGGAGAAACAGGCACGUCCGGGUACGGUGUCCGUGAGAUGGCGUUUCCCAAGCACACCCGUCUUUUCGCACCCGUGACCUGGCUAUCCAUCGGAUACAUGCUACCAGCAGCACAGGGAGCUGCCCUUGCGCAGGAAGAACUGAUGGCAUCAGACAAGUACCACGGCAUUAAAGAUGCACGUACAGUCCUUUUCAUCGGCGACGGCAGUUUCCAGAUGACUGCACAGGAAAUGUGUACAAUUAUUCGACUGAAGCUGAAUGUGGUGGUCUUCCUCGUCAACAACGACGGAUACACAGUUGAGCGUUGCAUCCAUGGCCGGAAGCAGGGAUACAACGAUAUAUCGCGAUGGAGGUACCUACAGGCUCCCAGCUUCUUCGGAGCCAAUGAAGAUACUUUUACGGCAUCAGUUAAAACUUGGAAGGAGUUACAGGAUGUUCUUUCAAACGAUGUUGUUAGCAAUGGGAAGGAGCUGCGGAUGGUAGAGAUAAUGCUAGACCGGGAGGACGCUCCUACUGGACCUUUGUCGAUUCUUAUCGAUCAGCAAAGACAGACCGGUGCAUAG